AUGAACAAUACUCAAAUAGAAUUUAUUUUUAAUCUCCUUGAUAAAGACAAAUCGGGAUACCUUUCUCCUGAUGAAUUUUGCGAAGGGCUCAUUGAGUUUUACCAUAUUACUGAUGAUAAAAAAGAGUCAUAUAGAGAAAUAUUUAAUGAUAUCUUUCUUUUAGCUGAUGGGAAGGGGUUAUUUAAUUCAAAAGACAACAAAAUUACAUUAAGAGAAUUUAAAAAUAUUUGUAGUUUACUUCCAACUGAAACUAAAAAAACUGAUGUCAUUAUUGGAACUGUUGCUUUCAGAUUGGUUGAUAGUAAUAAUAGUGGAAAAGUUAAUAAGAAAGAGUUAACUGCUUUCUUAAAAAAAACUGGAGUUCAUCUUAAAAAAGGAGAAAUUGAUGCAUUAAUGGAUUCUAUAGAUGAAGAUGGUGAUGGUAAAAUUUCAUUUCAAGAGUUUAUGCUUCUCUAUGACUUGAAUUGA